AUGUUGGAACGGUGCGGAGGAUCCAAGAAGCGAUUGGUAAACGAUGACGGCAGCUUUACAUUUGGGUAUGAAUCAGCUGACGGUUCCUUCAAGGAGGAAACCAGAGGUACUGACUGCGUUGUUCGAGGCAAGUACGGUUACGUCGACCCCGAUGGCAACAAACGAGAGUUCACCUACGUCUCCGGCAAUCCUUGCGACCCUAACAAUCCCAAUGAGGAAGAGGAGCCUGAAUCAGCAGAGUAUCAUCGUUUCAGAUAA